AUGCAUAGGCCGACUGAAGAUCACUGGCAAGCCGCAAAACGAAUAUUACACUACCUUGCUGGUACUUCAACUCACGGCAUCUUCUUCUCUGCAACUAACAAGCUCCUCCUCCAUGCCUAUUCAGAUGCAGACUGGGCGGGAGACUCGGAUGACUUUGUCUCUACCAACUCUUAUAUUGUCUACUUUGGAAACCAUCCUAUCUCUUGGACAUCAAAGAAGCAGCAAGGAGUAGCCCGCUCAUCAACAGAAGCUGGUAGACUCAAGCUUCUUAGCUCAGUUCCUUGGAGCAUCUCCAGUUUCUAG